CCUAGACCGACAGACCACCAAAUCUCUUCCCCCAAAAUCUGCAUAAAAAUAAAAUUAUUCUUCGUUCUUGAGCUCGCUAGGGCAAGCACGUUACACAAAAGAAAAAGAAAGACCAGAGAUAAUCGAACACACCUUCACAAUCUCUCUCCUCCGUAUUCGCAGAAGCUAUCUCUGCAUCAAUGGCGGACUCAACCACCUCCCCUGAAACCACCAUAGAUCCCACUUCCCAACAGCCCGAACCCGAUAACCCUAACCAACCCGUUCCAUCGUCAUCACAGCCACCACCUUCUUUAAAUCCACCCACAUCUGUUACUCCAAACCCUAACCCGAACUCAACUACGCCGCCGCCGCCACCACCACCACCACCACCACCAGCGCCAUCUAUCCAACCAUACUCCGCUAUGCCUCCGACGGUACCGUCUUUCCGACCGGCGGCGCCACCAGUUCCGGUCCCUUCUAUUCCGCAAUUUUCGCCUCUUCCGAACCCUAAUUUGCAGGCUCCUCAUAAUUAUCAGAAUCCCGGAGUUCCGCCACCUGGUGUUAGUACGAUGCCACCAGGUAUGAUACCGCCGGCGGCAGUGAGCGGUGCUCCGCAGGUUGCAGUGUCGCCGGUGCUGCCAUUUAUGCCGCCAUAUGCUCAGCCAGGUCAGCCUCCAAAUCCGGCAAUGAGACCAUACUCUCCGAUGCCGAAUGGAUACCCAGUUCCUCAAGGCACAAUUCCUCCUCCGG